UGUGUAGUGGGCCCUGACUGGCCAUCUCCUCCGUGUUUAUCUUUCAACUCCAGCUUCACCUUCACCUUCACCUUCAACUUGAUCAUUUUUCUUUGAAUGCGACAACGAUGAAAGGCCAGACCCCGCAUCACGUGGCGAGAACACGCGCAAUUUAUUGGUAUGAAAUAAUGAAUGCGAGUUAUGAAGAUGGAAGAUGGAAGAUGGAAGAUGGAAGAUGGAAGAUGGUGGUCGUCAAUCCCAUGACUGCUGUUGGACCGGCUGCCUUGCGGUGGCGCCGACUUUCUUUCCCUCUUUCUUUCUUUCUUCCUCUCGUCUUCUUCCCUUCCACUCUCUUCUUUUCAACUCCCCGAAAGAUCGUUGCCAUCCAUUCCUCAUCCUACUUACCAUGUCAUUCGUCUUCGAAACAUUCUUCUUGCUCGCUACAACAAUCUUCACCGGCAUACCCUUCGCUUAGCCUUCCUGGCCAACCUGCACCAUCCUCUCCUUCCACAACUUCCCGACCACCACCUCUCACCGGCCUGGCUAUCUCACUAUCCAACCCUCGGAUCCAUCGCCCCGUGUUAUCCCGCAAGCCCCUUCAUUUUUCUUCUCCCUAGCAAACACGCCUCCCGUCUGUCUCUCGCAGGAUGCCCGACCUGCGCCGUCAAGUCCUGGAGAGCGGCAAGACCGUCUCUCGCAAAGCCGCCUCGCGCGAAGGCUCGCGCCGCACGUCGCGCACCAACUCCGCCCAGAAUUCGCGUCCUU